CAGGCUCCUUGAGCUGGAGAGAUGGUGAUGCUGCAGGAGGGACAGCAGCCAGAGCCUGGGCCUAGGAAGCACAGCCUGGGAUGAGGCAAGUCAAUCAAGCAGCUCUUGAGAAGGGAUGCUGCCCCCUUUCAUCACAGGAACGUCCACUGACCUUCAUUUCCUAGGAUGAUCCCUCCUACGACUGGGACCCCUCCUCCAAGUGAGGUUCUCUUCCCUACAUUGACUUCUCAGGAAUUCUGGAGGUCACAGGUCUCCAGGUACACAGGAACCGUGACUCGGCACAUCAGUCAUCGGGCCAACAACUUUAAGAGACACCCUAAGAGGAGGAAGCAUAUCCGGCCCUCUCCACCCCCACCUCCAAACACACCCUGUCCUAUAGACCUGAUUGACUUUGGAGACCUGCACCCCCAGAGGUCCUUCCGGGAGCUGCUGUUCAAUGGCUGCAUCCUCUUUGGAAUUGAGUUCAGCUACGCCAUGGAGACAGCGUACGUGACCCCCGUACUGCUCCAGAUGGGGCUCCCUGAUGAGCUCUAUAGCAUGGUCUGGUUCAUCAGUCCAAUUCUAGGCUUCCUACUGCAGCCUUUGUUGGGUGCUUGGAGCGAUAGGUGCACUUCAAAGUUUGGAAGGAGACGGCCUUUCAUCCUGGUGCUGGCUAUAGGUGCACUCCUGGGGCUUUCACUUUUACUGAAUGGGAGAGACAUUGGCCUAGCUCUGGCAGACACUGUCAGUAAUCAUAAAUGGGGCAUCAUUCUCACGGUAUGUGGAGUGGUCCUCAUGGAUUUCAGUGCUGACUCAGCAGACAACCCGAGCCACGCCUAUAUGAUGGACGUAUGCAGUCCUGUGGAUCAGGACAGAGGACUGAACAUCCAUGCCCUUUUAGCAGGUCUUGGAGGAGGCUUUGGAUAUGUCGUUGGAGGAAUAAACUGGGACAAGACCAGUUUCGGCAGAGCCCUGGGGGGGCAGCUGCGAGUCAUUUAUGUCUUUACUUCUGUCACCUUGAGUAUCACCACAGUGUUGACGCUCAUCAGCAUUCCAGAGAGGCCCCUGAAGCCCUUUAGCAAGAAGAAAACUGUGAUGAAGAGCCCAAGCCUUCCUCUUCCUCCUUCUCCCCCUGUUUUGUUCGAGGAAGGCACCACUGACAAUCUUGGCUCUCAGAAUGCAACUCAUUUAUAUGCCAGUUUUACCAGCCCUAUUUCUCCUCUCAGCCCUCUCACACCCAAAUAUGGCAGCUUCAUCAGCCGGGACAAUUCUCUGACCGGGAUUAAUGAGUUUGCUUCUUCCUUUGGAACUUCUAAUAUUGACAGUGUACUCAUAGACUGCUUUACUGCGGGGCAUGAUAACUACCUGGCCCUACCCGCUAGCUUACCCAGGCAGACCAUCAGUGUCAGCUUCCCAAGGGCCCCUGAUGGCUUCUAUUGUCAAGAAAAUGGAAUUCUGGAAAGAGGGGCAGUCUCAGUAAGUCGUGCGCCAGAAGGAGAUACGUUAAGGGUGGGCUCUUUGGAUGCUCCAAAGCCUCGAUCAUCUGGGAUUCUGAAAAGGCCUCAGACAUUGGCCAUCCCAGAUGCUGUAAUAGGAAGUUGUCCAGAAAGUAGCAGGAGAAGGAAUGUGACCUUCAGUCAACAGGUUGCUAAUAUUUUACUCAACGGUGUCAAAUAUGAGAGUGAGCUGAAUGGCUCUGGGGAGGUCUUGGAGCAGUCACUUUCCAUGCGGCGUCUGUGUUCUACCAUCUGCCAUAUGCCGAAAGCUCUUAGAAAUCUCUGUAUCAACCAUUUCCUGGGGUGGCUCUCAUUUGAGGGCAUGCUGCUUUUCUACACGGACUUUAUGGGUGAGGUGGUCUUCCAAGGGAACCCCAAAGCCCCUCACACUUCAGAAGACUAUCAGAAAUAUAAUGCUGGAGUCACCAUGGGAUGCUGGGGGAUGUGCAUCUAUGCAUUCAGCGCAGCAUUCUAUUCAGCAAUGCUAGAAAAGCUAGAAGAAUACUUCAGCAUUCGCACCCUGUAUUUCAUUGCCUAUCUUGCCUUUGGAUUGGGGACAGGUCUUGCCACACUCUCCAGGAAUAUCUAUGUGGUUUUAUCACUAUGCAUAACAUAUGGGAUAUUAUUUUCUACCCUCUGCACCCUCCCCUAUUCUCUGUUGUGUGAUUACUACCAGAGUAAAAAGUUUUCAGGGUCAACUGUGGAUGGCACCAAACGAGGAAUGGGGGUGGACAUCUCCCUCCUGAGUUGUCAGUACUUUUUAGCUCAGAUUCUCGUCUCCAUCAUCAUGGGACCAUUGACCUCAGUGGUGGGCAGCGCCAAUGGGGUAAUGUACUUCUCCAGCCUCGUGUCUUUUGUUGGCUGCUUGUACUCUUCCCUUUUUGUCAUUUAUGAAAUUCCUCCCAGUGAGGAGUUGGAAGAGGAACACCAGCCACUCCUGCUGAACAUCUAGCACCCCGAGGACCUCUGUUUUGGGACUAACUUGUAACACGGGUAUUUUGGAAAAGGGCUAGUUAAGAGCUGACCAAUGGAAUGACUGGAUUGUCUUGAUCAGCCUCCUCAACCAGUGUACAAGUGGAAAGAUUUCCUACUGCAAUGUAAAUAUGUGACAAGACAAUAAAUAAUAGCAAAGAAAAAAAAAAAACACCAAAAAACUAAGCCUGCUGUUUGUAAUGGUGAGGGGUCAUCCCAGCAGGGUGAGUAGGGGAACUAAUAAUAAUGCCUCAGUUGAUCCCAAGGUGGAAGAAGCAUCCACUGCAUGGAAGAAUGCUGACUGUGUGUUUCUCCUGUGACUUACUAACACAAGAGAUGUCAUGGAUCCCAGCAUUCACUAUUCAAUAUAAAGCUAAUUCCUGUAAGAUAUUCUGGGAGGCAUGGGGUCCACUUUCAUUUUAGUAACAAAGGGGAUCUCAAUUAAUUUCCCUUGAGAUAUAUUAUUUCCUGGUCAGAAAGCCUUGUUUUACCCCUAAGAUUCUUACAUAAAUGUACAGGAGAACUGGGUCACUUAACGAGAAGAAGUCAGAGAUCACAAAACCCAGCUCCUCCAUUUUAUAAAAAAGGAGAGAGUCAAUGACAGGGAGGGAACUUGACUAAGGCUAGAGGUACAACCGGACCCUUGAGUCCAGUGUGUUCACUUCAUAACAUUGCCUUUGCUUUGUAAUCUGUCGUUUUUGUGAACCACCAAAGGAAUCCACAAUUAGAGGUAAGGACGGAGAAAUCAUGUAUCAAAACUUGCAUUUCCUAGUCAAGCAACACAAUGCCAAUCUCAGGACCUCCCAAGCAGGUAGAGAGGGUCAGAGGAGUCUGGGGAGAGCAGCAGAAGGUUAUUUUGGUGUUGCAGCUGCAUUUUAGCUCAGAAGCAGCAGUUCAGCAUAUCUCGGUAAAGAAAAUCACCCAAUCUUAGAGGUGAGAAUAGGUGUUGUUGGUUUAAUAGGAAAGGGUAUCCUCUUCGAGGUUAUGAUCAAACCAUCCAGAAGGUAUUAUUAAAGUUGGCAUUAAGAGGUAAGGGGUUUCUUCUUGGCAUCCACAUAUUUUUAAAUAUCUUUAAGCUUUUCAGCCAAGUUUGGAAUUUCAUAAUUCUGACAUCCCAACUACAUUGCCAAGGACAAAUCUAAGCAAAAGCUGAACCACCGUGAUGGUGGUGACAACAAGGGCUGAAGCAAUAUUGGGGCUAACAAAUUCUAUCCCUUCAAAGUAUCCUUCAAAUAUCAGUCAUCAUGGAUCUGGUUAUGUGAUAGAUUAAAUCACAUGCCCUGUCUUGGACUAAUAAUGCAGGAGAGUAUCUCUCCCCAGAGCACAGGGUCUUGUCUUCCUAUGCCUAAUCAACUGAUAAGAAAAUAGCCCAGGUAGGUCCUUGUUGACUGAUAGUUAACAAAUAGAAUCUAAGAAUCUCCCUUUGGAGAAUUUUUAAUAAAUGGAAACAGCUGAUUCAUCUAUUCAGGGUGGAAUUGGCCAAAGGUUAUUAGGCUGAUUUGGGGAAACUUCUCAAGGUAAUUUGUGGGCCCCUGUCUAGUUGCUACUCUGAUUACAUUAGGGUUAUAUUAUCUCUCAACUAGCCUCCAGCCAAUUUUUUUCCAAAUAUGCAUAGUUCCAUGUAAGAGAUGUUAGGUUUGAAGUUAGAGGACCUGGGUUCAAAUCCUGGGCAAGUCUUUGGGCCUCAGUUUUGUAAUCUGUAAAAUGAAGAGUUUAGAUUAGAUGGCUUUUGAGAUCUCCCUCUAACCCUAAGUACACAGUUCUCACUGCCACCCAACCCUUAGUUUUCUAACUUUGACUCUACAUGGUGGGUAUCACAAUAACAUUCAUUGAAUAAAUGAAUGUGAGGCAGCCUGUUACAGUGGAUAGGGAAGAGCGCCAUCUUGGUUCAUGUCCUAUCUCUGACAUUUCCUGGCUGUGAGACCCCCAGCAAGUCAUUUCUCGAUGUCCCAAGCAAGUCUCUAAAUUGCAAAAUUAGUGUCAAUUAGCACUGGCAUCAGGAGUUUCCUUGUUAGGAGCUCCCUUUACCAAUGAAAUAACCGGUCUAAGGAAAAAAAAUCAAUAUAAUAAUGAUGUUAUGAGCCUAUAAUGUAACCCCACCCAUGAUGUGGUGAAAGACAAAAGCUUGUUCCUCUUCUAGUGCUGCCACCCGGUGGCAUGAGAAGUACCAGCCACUUGCAAGUGUUGAAUCUAUUUUGGGGUUUCUUGUGA